AUGGAGCAGGGGGGCCUGCUCUCCCCGCUGCUAUGGGCGCCCAUGGACGCAGUCGACGACUUUGCCCCUAGUGAUGAUUGGGAUGCCCUGAUGGGGUCUCUAGCGACCCUCGCGAGAAACGUGUUCAUGAAGAAGCUGAGCUACGAGGGCUCGAUAAAGUCGCUGCAGGGUUGCCGCGACUUCCUCAACGGCUCCCCCAAGCAUCUCGUUCGGCAGUAUUGGGCCCCUUUGAAGCACCUGGUUGACGCCACCUGGGUGCUGCUGACCUGCCUCCACCUGGGGAGGAGCGUCGAGGCCGUCAUCUUCGAGAUGCGCGGCGGCCUGGAAAGAACCCACGGCAUGUCCCCGGAGGAACAGAGCGCGCUGGCCGCCUCUAAAAGCAUCACCCUUCAGCUGUGCCAUUACG